AUGCACGAUCUUGGCUCGGGCCGUUAUACCGCCUUGGUCUGUCAGAAUGUGAAUUUUCAGCCGGCGAAGGCAAUGCUCUCCACUCCUGACCGGAACUGUCUAAUGCAAGCAGAACUCAAUAAUGUUCUACUCGAUCUCAUACAUGCUGUACAAGGUCUUCCAGCUUCUCGUCAUCUACCUUCAUGUCGUGGCGGCAAGAACCUCCUCGAUGACUUGUCCAAGCUUAUGACUGCAGUCAAUGCUGACAACGUUGAUGUGGAGCGUCUACUUCCACUUCUUCAAGCGGUCCUCCACAAGGCGUCCGACGAAGUCGUAUGGGACAAGGUCUACGCCGCCGUCACCGAGUCCACUCCACCUCCCCUCCCCGCGUCAUCCAUCCAACAAACACCGUGGCUGCGCAGCACGGACAGCUUCGCGAACUCAACCGAGCACCGCAAAUACGUCGAGGACGUGCUGAAGGAGGAGCUGGGACAAAUGCACGUCGGAGUACCAGGGUUCUUCGACGCAUUCUUCGGAGGAGUCGCAGGUCUCGAUACGGUGGCACAGGCUGUAUUCGACAGGUGCAAGGACGGAGACACACCGCUCUACCAGGAGGAGGGUGGCUGGCGGGACUGGCCAGAAGGAGCGAGGGAGCAGGACGUGUUGAGCUGGUUUGCACCGCUCACAGAACAGCUCUUGGACUUCGCAGACGAGCAUCGGGCGGCCCCUAGAGUUCGAUGCCGAACCGUGGCACGACCCCAUCAGCCCUUGCACGGUUCUACGGCCGACCGCAAGCUAGACAUCGGCUUCGUGGACGACGAGAGCGUUGGCAUCCACUCCAGGUGCCACUGGUCGCGCAUCCUCGUACCCGGAGAGCUCGAGAGCAACCCGCUGGCGGACAAAGCGUCCAAGGCGUGGCUGGACCUCGGCCGAUAUGCGAGAGAAGUGCUUGCCGCUCAAGACAGCCGCCGGUUCGUGCUAGGCUUCACGCUGUGGUCCAGCAUUUUUGAGGCAAAGUGCAAACAUGACACGAGAAACUGGAUACUGAAAUUAAGUAUCAACACGAAAGCAGUGGAUUUAGGCAGCCCAGCAGCGCUAUGA